AUGAGUGGAGGCGGCGGCGGCGGCGGCUCCGGCUCCUCGUCGUCUGCUGCUCCUGGCCGCUUCGCCGACUACUUCGUGAUCUGCGGGCUGGACACCGAGACCGGGCUGGAGCCGGACGAGCUCUCCGCAUUAUGCCAGUAUAUACAGGCCUCUAAAGCCCAAGAUGUUGGUGGCCGUUUCAUUUCCAGUUCUGCAGAAGGUGAAAAUUUUGAACAGACUCCAUUAAGACGCACGUUCAAGUCCAAAGUUCUUGCUCGUUAUCCCGAAAAUGUUGAAUGGAAUCCCUUUGAUCAAGAUGCAGUGGGAAUGCUAUGUAUGCCGAAGGGUCUGUCUUUCAAGACUCAAGCUGAUGCCAGAGAACCUCAGUUCCAUUCGUUUAUCAUCACCCGUGAAGAUGGCUCACGGACAUUUGGGUUUUCUCUCACAUUUUAUGAGGAGGUUACCAGCAAACAAAUUUGUAGUGCAAUGCAGACAUUGUAUCACAUGCACAAUGCAGAAUACGAUAUUCUUCAUACCCCACCUACAAAUGACAAAGAUAACUGUAGCACCAUAGAAGACUGUAAUGGCACCUCCGUAUCGAAGCUACAGCGAUUUAACUCGUAUGAUAUUAGUAGGGACACUCUAUAUGUUUCUAAGUGCAUUUGUCUGAUAACCCCAAUGUCUUUCAUGAAGGCGUGUAGAAAAGUACUUGAGCAACUCCACAGAGCUGUAACCUCACCUCAACCACCACCAUUACCUUUGGAAAGCUUUAUUUACAAUAUACUCUAUGAAGUUCCUCUUCCUCCAGCAGGGAGAUCUCUAAAAUUUUCAGGUGUUUAUGGACCAAUUGUCUGCCAGAGGCCAAGCACCAGUGAGCUGCCAUUAUUUGACUUUCCAAUUAAAGAAGUCAUUGAAUUACUCGGUGUGGAGAAUAUGGUUCAACUCUUUACCUGUGCUCUUUUGGAAUUUCAGAUAUUGCUUUAUUCACAGCAUUACCAGAGACUGAUGACUGUGGCAGAGACAAUCACAGCACUGAUGUUUCCUUUCCAGUGGCAGCAUGUGUAUGUUCCUAUCCUUCCUGCCUCUCUCCUACACUUUCUCGAUGCUCCUGUCCCUUACCUGAUGGGCUUGCACUCAAAUGGGUUAGAUGAUCGGUCUAAACUGGAACUCCCCCAAGAGGCAAACCUGUGUUUUGUGGACAUAGACAACCACUAUGUUGAACUACCAGAAGAUUUGCCUCAAUUUCCAAAUAAACUUGAAUUCAUUCAGGAGGUCUCGGAGGUCCUUAUGGCUUUUGGGAUUCCACCUGAGGGAAACUUGCAUUGUAGUGAAAGUGCCUCCAAGAUGAAAAGCCUCAGGGCAUGUGACAUAGUCUCUGAUAAAAGAAAUGGGAACAUUGCAGGGUCACCAAUCAAUUCUUAUGAACUGUUGAAAGAAAAUGAGACCAUAGCCAGGCUCCAAGCACUUGUGAAAAGAACAGGCGUAAGCCUAGAAAAGCUUGAAGUUCGGGAGGAGACUAGUAGCAAGAAAGACUUGAAAAUGCAAUGUGAUGAAGAAGAAUUCAAAGUUUACCAGCUCAACAUUCACAUACGGGAAGUUUUUGCCAAUCGUUUCACUCAGAUGUUUGCAGAUUAUGAAGUAUUUGUUAUUCAGCCCAGUCAAGACAAGGAAUCGUGGUUUACCAACAGGGAGCAGAUGCAGAAUUUUGAUAAAGCAUCAUUCCUGUCUGACCAGCCUGAACCUUAUUUGCCUUUCCUCUCAAGAUUUUUGGAGACACAGAUGUUUGCUUCUUUUAUCGACAAUAAGAUCAUGUGCCAUGAUGAUGAUGAAAAAGAUCCUAUUUUGAGGGUGUUUGAUUCUAGAGUGGAUAAAAUUAGACUGCUUAAUGUUCGUACACCAACUUUGCGCACAUCAAUGUACCAAAAGUGCACUACCAUCGAUGAGGCUGAGAAAGCUAUUGAGUUACGGCUGGCAAAAAUAGAUCACACGGCAGUGCAUCCCCACUUGCUUGAUAUGAAGAUUGGACAAGGAAAAUACGAACCUGGAUUUUUUCCUAAACUUCAGUCUGAUGUGCUUUCUACGGGACCAACAAGCAACAAAUGGACCAAGCGAAAUGCACCUGCACAGUGGAGGCGGAAAGACAGGCAGAAACAACACACAGAGCAUCUUCGUCUUGACAAUGAUCAGAGAGAGCACCUGGAUUUUGUUUUACCAGAGCUUCAGUUGCAAUUAUGUUUAGACUUGGACCAGCAUGAUUGGCCUUUCACGCACUCUAUAAAAUCUGUUUCAGAGCUUUACCUGAAAUAUAUUCAAGAAGCCCGAAAUCUGGGCAGUACCAUCCGGCAGCCCAAGUUAUCUAAUCUCUCACCUUCAGUAAUUGCACAGACCAACUGGAAAUUUGUUGAAGGCUUGCUUAAAGAAUGCCGAAAUAAGACAAAGAGGAUGCUAGUAGAAAAAAUGGGCCGCGAAGCAGUGGAACUCGGUCAUGGUGAAGUGAAUAUUACAGGUGUGGAAGAAAAUACAUUGAUAGCCAGCCUCUGUGAUCUCUUAGAAAGGAUAUGGAGCCAUGGUUUGCAGGUGAAGCAGGAUAGAAGCUGUACUACUUUCAUCCUAGAAGAUAGAGCAUCAGUAUACUCUGCUACAACUCAGAUUUGGGCUUUUCAGAACAGCAAACGGCCAACCCUACAUAAGGGGAAAUCUGCUUUGUGGUCGCACUUGUUACAUUACCAAGAAAACAGGCAAAGAAAACCUACAUCAGGAAGCUUCAGUACCUCAGGAAUACUUCUAGAUUCAGAAAGAAGGAAGUCAGAUACCAGCCCAGCCAUGUCUCCUUUAAGGGUGUCUCUUAUCCAGGACAUGAGGCAUAUCCAGAACAUUAGUGAAAUCAAAACAGAUGUUGGUAAGGCUAGAGCUUGGGUUCGGCUGUCCAUGGAAAAGAAAUUGCUGUCUAGACAUCUGAAGCACCUUCUUUCUGAUCAUGAACUCACAAAAAAACUCUACAAACGCUAUGCUUUCCUCCGCUGUGAUGAUGAGAAGGAGCAGUUUCUUUAUCAUCUCUUGUCAUUCAACGCUGUCGAUUAUUUUUGUUUUACGAAUGUUUUUACGACAAUCUUGAUUCCAUACCAUAUAUUGAUUGUUCCUAGCAAAAAGCUUGGUGGCUCAAUGUUCACUGCCAAUCCAUGGAUAUGUAUUUCAGGAGAACUGGGUGAAACAGGAGUCCUACAGAUUCCCAGGAAUACACUAGAGAUGACAUUUGAGUGUCAGAAUCUGGGAAAGCUCACUACAGUACAAAUAGGACAUGAUAAUUCUGGUCUGUAUGCCAAGUGGCUAGUGGAAUAUGUCAUGGUCAGAAAUGAAGUGACAGGCCAUACUUACAAGUUUCCAUGUGGGAGGUGGCUAGGGAAAGGGAUGGAUGAUGGCAGUUUAGAGAGGAUUCUGGUGGGAGAAUUGCUGACAUCCCACACCGAGGUGGAUGAAAGACAGUGCAGAACCCCUCCUUUGCAGCAGUCCCCAAGCAUGAUCAGAAGAUUUGUCACUAUAUCACCAAACAACAAACCAAAGUUAAACACAGGUCAGAUACAAGAAUCUAUUGGUGAAGCCGUAAAUGGAAUUGUCAAACAUUUCCACAAGCCUGAGAAAGAGAGAGGCAGUUUGACACUUCUACUGUGUGGAGAAGGUGGGCUUGUCUCGGCUCUUGAGCAAGUGUUUCAGCAUGGAUUUAAAUCGCCCAGGCUCUUCAAAAAUGUCUUUAUUUGGGACUUUCUAGAAAAAGCACAAGGCUACUAUGAAGCUCUAGAGCAAAAUGAACUGGUCCCAGAAGAAAACUGGCAGACAAGGGCCAGGAGUUUUUGUCGCUUUGUUACAGCCAUCAACAACACUCCUAGAAACAUCGGGAAGGAUGGCAAGUUUCAGAUGCUGGUGUGCCUUGGAGCCAGGGACCACCUGUUGCAUCAUUGGAUUGCUUUGUUGGCAGACUGUUCUAUCACAGCUCAGAUGUAUGAGGACACCGCUCUGAUAAAAGAUCACACCCUGGUGAACUCUUUGAUCCGGGUGCUGCAGACCUUGCAGGAGUUCAACAUCACAUUGGAGGCGUCCCUCGUCAAAGGGAUCGACAUCUGACCCGCCUCUCUGCAAGCACCAUAAAAAGCAACAAGCAACAAACUUUUUAUUCAU